AUGGAUUUCAUUCUCUCCCUGACGCACUUCUGUGAAGUGCAUGGCCCAACCUCCAUCCUCUGCUCCCAGAUACUCCCUACGCAGUGUCAACAGUGCAACCCAGACUCGCCCGGUUCGUCGCCAAACGACUCGCCCUCCUCUCCUCACCGCGGCUCCUCGCCCUCUUCCUCUCUCAAUGUCAGAGACGCCCAGCACUCAUCUGUCUCGGCCUCUGCGGCGCCAGAUCUCAGCUCUUCUCCCUCUUCUGUCCGUUACGUGACCACUUCCGCCAUCGAGCCACUCGCCACUCCGCCUGCGUCAGCGCCCGUCACCGCACCGCGCAUCGAAGACCACCCUUGGUUUGCGAGUGAUAAGCGUGGUAGAGGAUCAACGACGGCGGCAGACAGUAAAAAACUGUCUCGCUUUGCUGGUGCAGAUGGAGAUACCUGUGCGAGCUGUCGACUCAAGCUGCCCGAAGAUGUGAGCAGACAGCUUCCCGGAGACGCCGCCAAUGGCGCACUCGGAGACCACGAUCACAAGCAGCGCCAUUCCAGUCCUGUCCUGCGCUCGAGGGAGGUGGUUUACGCCUGUCGAGGCAAUCAUGCCGACUACGACGAUGAUGAAGACGAGGGACACUAUUCCACCUCCGCCUCGGCAUCGCAGCAGCACAUUCACUACUCCUCGCCCGCCUCGGUACACUCGUCUUACUCCUCGGAUUCGUCCUGUCACACUCACGUAGUCACCUAUCUCUCCAUGCGCGGGCCCGCGAACCCAGACGACUACGCUCUCCUACGGCGUGCCUCCAUCCGUACCUUGUCCUGCGAACUCCUGCCGCGAGGGCUCUCGUCCGGACCUCUCUCCUUUGGUGACCAGUCGGCUGGAUACACGGUCGCCUACGUCUUCCGUCUACCGGACCCCAUGGCCCGCGGCAAACGUCGAAGCUACGCCCUCGUUGCCCUGGCAGGUAAAGACGCAGGCCGCACUUUCAAGGCCAGUCCAGUCAUCUGGCGGACCUUCAGCCGCAUCGCAAACAACAUCGUCAGUGCUGCUGAGAAGUUCCAGGAAAGCGAGAAGAUUCGUGAACAGUCCGCCGUCCACGGCCAUGCUGCUGCGAAUUCCGGCAAUGUCAACGGGGGCGGACGGAAUUACACGCCCAUAUCAUCCUUCUUGACCGGCCGAGCCCUCGAUCCAGACGGCCAGCCACGAAGAGCUGGUCAAGUCCGGGCCCGCAACCUGAUCGAGAUUGUAGGCAACGAGUACAUCUUCGCCGAACUCCACGCCCAAUUCGUCGCAUUACUACAGCAGCUCAGUGCCAUGUUUUCCUCUCCAUCCGACCACUCCGAACUGUUCGAUGAUUCUGGCAAGGAGUUCGCCUCUUCCUCUCAUCGGUCUUCGUCCGAUCGACUGCGAGGAAGCGGCCGCAGCAGCAUCGACCACGACCGUGCCGGAGACCGUUCCGGCAGCAGCAUCGGCUCAGCGACACUAGCCAAACAGUUCUCGCAGCUACAGAUGUCGACGUCCGUGCCGAAGCCAAUUCCAAUCUCCCAGCGCAGGAAAAUGGUGGCGUAG